AUGAUAAAGACGAAAAAAAAUCGAUAUGAAGUAUACGCUUUAGGUCAACAUAUAUGUAUGUCCCCUCACAAAGCGCGAAGAGUAAUUGAUCAGAUUCGUGGCCGUUCCUACGAAGAAACAAUGAUGAUACUCGAACUCAUGCCUUAUCGAGCAUGUUAUCCAAUUUUAAAAUUGGUUUAUUCGGCAGCAGCAAAUGCUAGUCACAAUAUGGGUUUUAACGAAAGAGAUUUAGUCAUUAGUAAAGCAGAAGUUAAUCAAGGUACUACUGUGAAAAAAUUAAAACCUCGAGCUCAAGGGCGAAGUUAUCCCAUAAAACGACCCACUUGUUCUAUAACUAUUGUAUUGAAAAAUACAUCUGUGAAUGAAGAAGAGUUUAAAAGAUACCAAUACACCAUAAACCAACCUGGUGGAUUGAUAACUAAAGAAAAGUACACAGAUAUGAGGUGUUAUGACAUGUAUAAUAAUGGGGGAUUAUGGGACAAAAAAUAA